AUGAGACAUAUAUACUGCAUUCCUCUUUUUUUUCUGGCCUAUUUCUCGCUUGCAAUUGCUGGCCCCCUGGGGGCCGGUAAGCGACAACUGGACUCAGGUACAUAUGUAACCGACAUCUCCCAGUGCCCUUCGGUCCGCCCUCGGACUACACCUCCGAAAAAUGUACAUGAUUUACGCCCUGAUGACUUUUCGGUGGCAAUGGCCGUCGGAGAUUCGAUUACUGCAGGGGCUUUUGCACAAGGUAUAAAUAGAGAGAAUAUUCUACUUAACUUCGUUGAAUUUCGUGGACUUUCAUAUGCUGGGGGAGGCGAUUCUGGUGCAAUUACUGUACCAAAUCUCUUGAAGCAUUAUAACAAAACUCUUGUUGGCGCAUCCAAGGGUGUCAAUUUAGGUAUCGAACUUUGUUUCGGACCAUUGUGCCCUAUUGGACCGGUGGGAUGGAACCAACCGGUCGAUCAAUUAAAUGCAGCUCAAAGCGGUGCCCUUGCCUCUAACUUACUCCAUGAAGUCCGAGACUAUCUCGUGCCACAGGUAAAGGCAGCGGGGAUUGCUGCAAAUCGUUUCAAGUACCUAAGCUUCCAAAUCGGGUCCAACGACCUGUGUCAGUUGUGUUUGGCAGCCGAUGCAUUACUUGGUCCUGGCACACAGUCAGAUUUUGAACGUAACAUCCGAGAGACAUUGGAAUACAUUCGGAAAAACAUUCCCAACACCCUAGUUAACUUGUUCGGCGUCUUCCAGGUAUCCCAAAUAUAUGGUCUCACGCUCAAUGAGCCAUACUGCCAGCAGCUUAUCCCUAAUGUCACACAUUAUAACCUUGAGUGCACAUGCGCCCUCUUUGGGGGAGAGACAGGGGAAUUCACACGCAGCCGGAUGGACAAGCUUCAAAAUCAAUACAAUACGGCCUUGAAGAAAAUUGCUGCGGAGUACAAGGCCAAGAAUUAUGCGGAUUUUGCAGUAAUAUGGCAGCCUGCCGAAGUUCCACUUGGCCGAUACCCAAUUGAAUCACUCAGUAGCCUCGAUUGCUUCCAUCCUAGUACGGCAACUCAUCAGCGCAUUGCGGCAGGGCUUUGGAAUCGCCUGCCCUUGGAUGAAGCCGCUCGUGCUACCCCAUUUGAAUGGGAGGCCACCCCCAAAUUCCGUUGUCUUCAAGAGAACGAUCGCAUCAAGACUUGA